AUGGACGUAUCAAAAUCCGACCUUGGCAGCCUCACUGCAACGCAGGCGGUCGAGUUGAUGAGAUGGAAUCACGUCUCUGCGCGUGACUACGCCCGAGCUCUGCUUGACCGAAUCAGGGAACGAGACCCUCAAGUAAGAGCCUGGAUCUACUUGAAUGAGGAAGCCGUUCUUGAACAGGCCGACAAUCUGGAUCGAAUCCCCCCCGAGAAGAGGGGGCCUCUACACGGGGUUGCAGUUGGUAUCAAGGAUGUGUUUCUAACUCAAGAUAUGCCUACUCGCUACAAUUCCCGGCUUCACGCGAACGACGGAAACGCAGCCGCCGACUCUGCCGCGGUGAGUGUGCUUCGAGCCGCAGGCGCAAUCAUCCUUGGCAAGACUGCCACCACCGAGUUCGCUGCCAUGACAGAAGGUCGACCAUGUACCAACCCCAACAAUCCCAAGCAUACCCCUGGAGGGUCAUCAUCCGGAUCGGCGGCAGCCGUGGCUGACUACCAGGUACCCGUGUCUAUCGGAACCCAAACCGGGGGUAGCAUUGUCCGUCCAGCGUCAUUCAACGGGUGUUAUGGAUUCAAGCCCACAUGGGGAACCAUCUCCACCGAAGGGGUCGGCAGGUAUGCCGUAUCAGCCGACACCCCAGGCUUCUGCGCACGAUCUGUCGAUGAUCUCGAGCUUCUGGCGAGACUCUUCGACCUAGACUCGCUUUUCGCCGAGCCUUUUGCACCAAUGUCAAUCAAGGGAGCCAGAAUCGCCUUUAUCAAGACUCCCGUGUGGCCUGCCGCUGGUCCCGGGACUCGCGCUGCUUGGGAUCUUGCUCAUGAACUGCUGGCCGAUAACGGCGCUGCAAUACAAGAUGUCGAACUUCCUGCCGUCUUUUCAAACUGUGCAAGCUGGAGAGACCUGGUCAUUGCUAGCGAGGCCCGUGCCGCCUUUCUGCCGAAAUACCGCCAAGACAAGUCAAAAAUCCACAGCGACAUUGUUAGGCUCAUUGAGAACAAAGCUCUACCAAGUCGCAAGCAACUUCUCGAAGCUCACGAUGGUAUUGCUAGACUACGCUCCAUAUGGGACCGAUUCGCAACAAAAUACGACAUAAUCAUCACGCCGAGUGCCAUCGACGAAGCUCCAGAAGGUCUUGGCGACACAGGAACAGCUGCCUUUUGUGCCAUGUGGACAAUCCUGCACGUACCGGCCAUGAACGUCCCUGGGUUCAAGGGACAGCGCGGCCUGCCCAUCGGAUUGACAGUCGUGGGUUCCCGCUACAGUGAUAUGGAAGUUCUUCGUGGCGGAAAGGCUGUUGGAGCCAUCUUCAACGGCCAACCGUCGUAA